GCUGAAUCGGGAGGAGAUCGAUCUGACGGGAGUUUCUACGGCUAUAAAAUCAGUCGUAAAGAAUAUCAACAGAUAAUCGUGGAAGACAGGAGUGAGGAUGCCACAUACAGGUCAAGCUGGUGUCAACCAACUGGGUGGUGUAUUUGUGAAUGGGCGACCGUUACCAGACUGCGUAAGACAGCGAAUUGUCCAACUGGCGCUUGUCGGUGUCAGGCCCUGCGACAUAUCGCGACAGUUACUCGUCUCCCACGGCUGUGUCUCCAAGAUACUGACGAGGUUUUACGAGACUGGUAGCAUAAGGCCCGGCAGCAUCGGCGGAAGCAAAACUAAGCAAGUGGCAACGCCGACGGUGGUGAAGAAGAUCCUGAGGAUGAAGCAGGAGCAGCCGACGAUGUUCGCUUGGGAAAUCAGGGAACAAUUGGCUAGGCAAGGUGCAUGUGAUCCACAGAGUUUACCGUCUGUAUCGUCGGUCAAUAGAAUACUCAGGGGCGGUGGACUACAUACGGAUCAUCCGGGGAUUGAUGCUGGUUCAUCUAGCGGGUAUCAAACCCACGUGCCGUCGAGUCCGGAGGCUAGAGAAGCCCUGAUGAGAACGGAUUAUCAAUUAUUUUACCCCGGCUCCCUGGGUCCCCUUCACAUAUCAACGAGUGGAUCAACUGGAAAUCCGAAUGCACCAACGUGGAAUCCUGGAUUUUACUCGUCCCUCUAUCAAGCAACCACACUGCAUCUGCAUCACGGAAUGCAGGCAUUCACUACACUGGAGCAAGAGCGAAUGGCCGAACAACAGAGUGGACAGAGCCAAGUUGAACUGAAAUCCAGUUCAAGCUCAAUGGCAGGAAGUGACGAUUCCCUAGACAAAAGUGAUUUAGACGAUAAUGUUGAGUCGCAGGACAAUUACAAGUCCUUCCAAAGUUCCCCGAUAAUUCUAGAGCUGGGUCAGAAGAUCGGCAGCGAUCGGAGUGCAUUCGUGCGCCACGGGACGCCCAAUUCGUCGAAUAACUUUGAAAUCUCACGGACAAGUCCCGCGUCAGCGAUUGGUGACGACAUAACACCGCAGACGUCACGAAGUGGUAACGAAAAUUCGAGUGAUAUCAGUACUGAGGGAGUGUCGUCCGGCAAUAGACCCCAACAGCCCCAGAAAAAACGAAAUCCCUACUCCAUAGAAGAACUACUCAAAAAAGAUGAACGCGGCGUUAGUAAUAAACGACCGAGAGUGAUUGCAACUGGCAUUGUCCAGCCGUGUGGGAUAAUAGUCGGUAAAGAUGGGUAGAAUAUGUCAUGUCCCAAUGUAAAUUAAAAAGUAGCUUAAUUCUUUAAUUAAUGGAGAUGAAAUUUAACGAUUAAUUCAA